AUGAUCCAUUGCCCCUCCGGUGACAAAAGGUUCGAGAUUGAGCAGGGCCUGAUGGACGGAAGCAUCGCCGUGAAGGAUGUGCCUUCGGUGUGGGCCUCGAAGAUGAAGGAACUGCUCGGGGUGGACGUGCCAGGGGAUGCGGAAGGCUGCUUGCAAGACAUCCACUGGUCCGUCGGAGCGUUCGGGUAUUUCCCGAGCUACACCCUGGGUGCGGUGAUGGCGUGCCAGUUCUUGGAGGCCGCGAGGUUGGCGCUCCCUGACCUAGACAGCAGCCUCGAGGCCGGGAACUUCGAGCCGCUCAAGACCUGGCUCAACCGAGAGGUCGGGGGGCAAUGGUUGUCAAAACAAAAAGUGAUUGAAACACCGAACAACAAUGAAUGGCCCGCCACGAUCGAAUCGCUUCCUCAGGUGCACGCAAGAGGGUCCCUGUUUGCUAGCCCGGACGAGCUAUUGAGCGAGGUCACCGGGGAUAUCAUGCGGCCCUCGGCGCUCGUGGAGCACUUGAAGUCGAAGUACACCGAGAUAUACGACCUGUAGGGGGGAGUGAGCGGACGCUGGUCAUACAGCCCGCCAGAAGCAAGGCGCUGGAAGGGUGAAUUCCAUGUGUGGUGGCCACGUCGUGGUUGGUUUCCCGCGGGUCGAACCAUGUAGCAAAGAGGAAUAUCGGUGAUGGUCAAGCAUGGUUUAAGCGAAUGAGGGCGUGGGAUAUUUAGCAGUAUGCCCACCUGCGCAGGCUGUGUGUGGAAGGAACGUCGAACGUACAUACACAGACAUGGCCUACUGUCGCUUGUCACAAUUGUGGUGAUGCUGUUGUGGGUUGGACAUGUCCAUGGACAUAUCCACCGAACGGAGAGAGAGAGCGAGAAAGAGUCAAACACGCAAAUGCUGCUGUUGCUGGUGUCAUGAGAUCGCCGCAGAAGAUUUUCUGAGCACGGACGUUCGUUCAUUGUUGAAGGUCGCCGAAUGACAUUCAAACGAGUAUUGGGUUCGACAGCCACAGGUGAUGAUCUUGCAAGUGUGCGCGAUCCCCAAAAUGCUUCGACGAAUCGCAGCUUCUGCUGACCACCGUUGUAGUGGCGGUCGAUACUCUACGGCAGGCUAGUCGCGUCGAGUGGGAAGGGAUGCAAGCCUGCGUCAACUGCGUUUGUUUCGUGGGUCAGCGGCACGACUUUGCAUACGGUACAUGGUACACUUCGUUGUGUGCCCAGCGGACACGUACGUGCUCCAUACUCGUCAUUGAUCUUCUCCGGCAACUAUAUACGCAUCCGUCCACGUAUGUAUUAGGAGAAACAAAUAUACACACAGAAAGCCUACCCGUUCGAGGUACAUUUACAUGUGGCCUGCACAGGGAACACGGCGCAAUAUGUCAUGUUGACAGUAGUUGCUGGNAAUUAUUUAUUUCAUUUUAUUUUAUUUGUUUCUGAUUAUAUUUUUUUGUUUUCUUGUAUUUUAUCGCUCUGCUGACCCUUGGGGUCCAUUUUAUUUUGGUAUACCUUUUCUAGGUGGUUGUUGAUUUCCCGCUCAAUUUGAUUUUCAACUCUACCCAUGGUGUUGUUUGAUAUGCGUGUAUGACGAGUAAUAAUGAGACUCAUCAAAUGAGAUUGUGACGCAAAGUAUGCAUUAUGGGGGGAGAGUGAUUGCAGUGCUCUUGCGUGUGUAUGGGCAGUAAACUUGGUUGUGUAGGAGAGAGGAAACGGAGGUAAGUCUUGUGCUGUGUCGUACAUUAUGAGGAAAAACAAACAUACAUACAUACACAAUCGUACAUGUUUGCAAACAGAAUUUGAAUCUCAAAACAAGUCGACUGUUUGUU